UUGUGGGGCUAUGGGAGAGCCAUGGCAUUCUUAGUCAUUUCAUUGCCUUUCUAUCCCAUUGUAUCUUUUUCUCCAGGGAGCUCAAGGUGGCACAGAGAGUUCUCCUCAUUUAAACCCCACAAAAACCCUGUGAGGUACGUUAGGCUGAGAGGCAGUGACUGGCAAGCAUCAUAGCUGAGUGGAGAUUCGAACCCUGCUCUCCCAGGUCCGACACUCUGUCCAGUACAUCUCCCUCCCUCCUCUCUCUUGGUGCCCUUCCAACAGAGCCUCUCUGGCCUUGCUUGCCAUACAGCUAUCAACCAGGGGCCUGUUCCCUCCUCCUGGUGAGCCAGGAGUGAUGCAAUCACCUGACUGUGCCCUCCAGGAGAUAGAGGGGACAGCCCUGCCUCCCCACCCCCUGCCCCCCAUAAGCGAGGAAUCUCUGCUCUGGACACAGAGCAAUGAGCAGCUUGAAUUUUAACUGCCUGGAUUAAUCAUUACAGCAGAGGCCUGAUAAGGCCGGCAAAAGCAGCAUCCGGAGCUCUGAGCCUGUUCUUGGCCUUGAACCAUGCGGGGCACCAAGAAAUACCCUCAUGUCAUCGACACGCCAGACCAGGGCAAGUGGGAGCUGGCAGGGUACGAGGCUGCCUUGCCCAUCACAGAGAAGUCCAACCCCAUCACCCGGGAGCUGGACAAGGCGGACGCUGCACAGAUCGUCCAGCUGCUCAGAGACUGUGAUGCAGAAAUAUUCCAGGAAGACGACGAAGCGCUGGUCAACUACAAGAGGCUGUACAGCGAGUCAGUGCUGAAGACCAUGGUAGACAUAAUUGCCAAAGUGCAAGAGGUGCUGAAGGAACCAGACAACACGCUCAUUGUGCUGAGUGGAGGGGGAGCCUCUGGCCGGAUGGGCUUCCUCAUGGCAGUAUCCUUUAACAUACUCCUGAAGGGGUUGGGGCAGCUGCCCCAGUACACGUAUAUAAUUGCUGGGGGGGACAGGUCUCUUGUAGCAUCCCUGGAGGGCCCUGAGGACAGUGCGCUGCUGGGGAUUGAGGACCUAAAGAAGGUCUGUGAAGGGAAAAAGAAGGUCAUUUUCUUUGGGAUUUCAUGUGGUUUGUCUAUGGGCAGGGGAGCAGAAGACGAGAGGGAUGUUGCACCCCACCCCAGCCAGAAGGUUUCACAUGGAGGACCACAAAAGCCACCUCUGACAAACUCCCUCAAUGUCAAGUCCUUAGGCUCCCUACGUGGCUGGGCAGCUGGACUUCUGCAUGAACAACUUGGACAUCUAUGUCCCAGUUCUGGUGGGAUUCAACCCAGUCACCAUGGCCAGCCUGAAGGGCUCACUGGCUCAUCCCGCAUGAAGGGCGGCAGCGCCACCAAGAUCCUUCUGGAAACUCUGCUCCUGACUGCACACAAGACAGUCUCCAAGGACAGCGAGAUCUCAGAGAAGUGUCUUCUGGAAAUCCUCCGCACCUAUGAACGGGCCCACAAAGUCACCUAUGGUCAGAGCAAGAAGAUCGCUGCCCUUGUGAAGCAAGCAGGAACCAGCACAAUCUCUGCCUCUCUCCGCCACAGCCUACAGAAGAAGGCUUAUGUCUACCUGGUCGGCUGGCACACCCUGGGCAUCAUCGCCAUCAUGGAUGGGGCCGAGUGCAUCCCCACCUUUGGGGCAGACAUCAACGAUGUCCGGGGCUUCCUCAUUGGGGACCGCAGCGAAAUGUUCAACAGAGAGGCUGAUCUGAUUGCACAGGGCCCCAAGUUUGCUUUCUCUGAAGAAGAUUUUGUGAAAACAAUCCUCCCAUCACUGACGGAGCUGGAUACCGUCCUCUUCCUUUUCACAGUGGAUGACAACCUUGAUGAAGUGGAGAAGUUGGUGGUUCAGGUGAAGGAGAGGACCUCCAACGUGCAAGCCCUUUCUCACGCCACAGUCGGGCAAUACCUGCCGGCCUCGCUCAAGAAGCUCUUCCCCUCCAUCAUCAGCAUCAUGUGGCCCAUCCUGUUCCUGGAGUAUGAAGGCAAGUUCAUCCAGAGGUUCCAAAGGGAGCUCAGCACCAAGUGGAUCCUGAACACAGUCAGCACCGGGGCUCACGUGCUGAAGGGCAAGAUCCUGCGCAAUUACAUGGUGGACCUGCGAGUGAGCAACUCCAAGCUCUUCUGGAGGGCAGUCAGCAUCCUGCAGAGGUUCUCGGGCCAGCCGCAUGCCAAGUGCCUGGAAGGUCUCCUGCAAGCCAUCUAUGACCCUGAGCCGCUCUCUGAGGAUCUCCGCACAGCUCCAGUCUCCAAGCACAUUGCCGUAGCAACAGACAAGAGCAAGGUUGUACCCACAGCCCUGCUCUGCCUCCUGCGUAGCUGCUCAGCGCCAGAGGCCCGCGCCCGCCUGGAUGGUGCUCCCUCCCUCCGAGCCGCCCUUGACACUGCGCUGAAUGCUCCUGGAAGGAAGCGGGGGGCUGACAAGUCAGAACCUGAUGAGCAGAGCACAUAGGGGGGA